AUGGCCUCGCUUGCGUCCCUCGCUGGCCUCGCGGCCUACCCAUUCCAGAGCCAGCGCAUGCUGGUCGAAUGCCAGACGCAGAUCUUCCGAGACCACUCGGCCGGCCAGUUCUGGGCGCUCGUCGCUGGAGGCGCGGCCGACGCCGUUCCGCCGGCGCUGGCCUACGCGGUCCAGACGAUCCAGAACCUCGAGGAGGUCGCUGCCUUUCUCCAAGCGACGACGAUCCAUGCGCGCCCAAUCAUCUCGCUUCUGAAAGCCCACUUUCGCGCAAUUCUCUUCCAUGACGCCGAGCAGGCCACGGUCUUUAUGCGAGCGCUCGAAGCGCUUGGCACAGCGCUCAUUGCGUCAAGCGGCGCGGCGCAUGGCAUGACCAUGGCCCUCUUGCGCGACCAGCUGCAGUAUCUCGAGUGGCUCCAGCUCACGCAGCCGUCGCUCCUGCACGUCUUCUUGCGCCAGAUUGACAUGCGCGUCGAGUCGACGUGUCGCGGCGAGUUUGAAGUCCCGCUGCUCGAAAAGACGCUGGCAUGGGUGGAGAAUACGCUGCUGCCCGACGGCGAGACGCUUCUCGUGGGCCGCACGACGUCACCGCGGGAUGUGCUGCGCCUCCAUACGUACAAGGCGUUUGGGUGUCUGCGUAUGGAGGAGCUCUUUAGCAUGGUCAAAGCCUUUCCAGAUAGUAUUCCUGCGAUCGCCGACCUCACCAACACGAUCGCCAUCACGCACCAGCAGCGCGACCUCAUCGCGAUCUUUUGCCGCGCCAUUACGAGUCGCUUGCUCCAACCUGGCGUCGCCACAAGCGCCAUCAUCGUCUUGUACACGCGCAUGAUCAAGACCUUUCGCAUUUUGGAUCAACGUGGUGUGCUCUUGGAAGGCGUGAGCGGCCUCAUCGACGAGUAUCUCAAGAAACGCAAGGAUACGAUUCGGUGCAUUGUCGCGAGCUUGACCGACGACCAACAUGGCGACCUCUUUGAGGAACUACGGCGCGACGGCUUGGUCGACACGACUGCCGAGAGCGACGACGACGACGAAGAAGACCCCGAGACGUGGCAACCCGACCCGAUUGAGGCCGACCCCAAAAAAACCGCGCGGUCGCGGGCCCACGACGACAUUCUGAGCAUCCUCGUCAACAUCUAUGGCUCGAAAGAGUUGUUUGUGAACGAAUAUCGCCUCAUGCUUGCGGACCGACUGCUCGUGAACCGCGACUACAACACGGACCGCGAUUUGCGCACGCUCGAGCUUCUCAAAUUGCGCUUUGGCGACGAGAGUUUGCAGCCGUGCGACAUUAUGGUCAAGGACGUCGAAGAAAGCAAGCGCGUCCAAGCCAACUUGACGUCGAUCGUGGACGCGACGAUCGUCUCGCAGCACUUUUGGCCGCCGUUCCAGGCGGAAGACGUCGUCCUCCACGAGCAGCUGUCACAUGCGAUUGAUGCGUACAAAGCAAGUUACCACGUGCUCAAGAACCCACGCACGCUCGAAUGGAUGCAUUCGCUCGGCUCGGUCGACUUGGAGCUCGAGCUCAACGGCCACACCGUACCCUUUACAUGCUCGCCCAUCCAAGCGUCGAUUCUCAUGCAUUUCGAGUCGAAAGAGACGUGGACCGUGCCAGACUUGGCGCUCGCGAUGGAGCUGGACGACGCGGCACUGCGCCGGCACGCACGCUUUUGGGUCCACCACAGUGUGCUGUCCUUGGUCGGGGCGGUGCUGACGCUUCAAAGCGGCACCUUCUCGCCACGUGCGACGUCGGCGCCGGCCGUGGACGACGACGACCCGAUCGAGUCGGCCGUCUCGUCCGACUUGCAGCUCGAGCAAGAGAUUGAGGUGCUGCAAUCGUACAUCAUUGGCAUGCUUUCCAACUUUGAGUCGUUGCCGCUCACACGCAUUCAUACGAUGCUCACGACCUUUGCCCGAAGUGGCCCCACGCCCUAUGACAAGACAACGGGAGAACUCGCAGCGAUUCUGCGGGCACUCGUCGCCCGCGGCCGUCUCGAAUAUGUCGGCGGCCAGUACCAGCUGCACAAGUGAUCUCCCACAAAAAGACGUUUGCGCUCCCAAGCCCAAGCCAAUACCGCCACGUGUGUUUCAACCGCGGGAUCGAUAUAGUGCUUCCGUGCUGUAGAAGCCUCGAAGAGCGAUUUUGUCCGUUAGUGCAGGCGCCAUCAAUCUCACCACACACUCUGCGAC